CCCAAGCCACGGGCCAUGCUGGAGACGCUGCUGGCGCGGUACUUGGGCAGGUUCCUCAAGGGGUUCUCUCCAGAGCAGAUCUCAGCCCGCCUCCUAUCCGGAUCCGUGCGGCUGAAGGAGAUAGAGCUCAACCUUGAAGCCAUCCACGAGCUCCUGGUCGCGCAGCUGCCCGCCACCCUGGAGCUGCGGAGGGUGAGGUGCGAGGCAAUUUACCUCAAGGUUCCCUGGAAGCGGCUCCGGCGGAAGCCCGUGUUCGUGGAGCUGUCAGACGUCAGCAUCGAGGCGAAGGUUCACAGUGCCACACCGGAGCUGCUGGAAGCCCAGGCGCGCAGACAGACCGAGAGCACGCAGGCGAGCGAGGAGAGCCAUGCAGUGGAGGAGGAGGAGGAUGAGGAGGACUUGCGCAAGAGCGUGGAGUCUCAGCUGAAAGUGGGCCUGAAAGAGGUGAUUGGGGAUGGCGUGCAGAUCGUCGUGAACGGCUUGCAGCUGCAGCUGUGGCCUUCAGUUUCCGAGGAGUCGACUCCUUCCAUGCCGCUCUCACUCUCUGUUGAGGGCUUCCAAUCUUUUCCAUCCAACAGCGCUGGGGAGAAGAUCGACUGUCCGCAGGACGUGCACGAGUUCUGCGACCCCUGCGCUCGACUGUUUCGCAUGGUCUCAGUACGAGGGCUCCGGCUGGAAGCUCUAAGCCACCUGGGCGGACGAGGCGCUGUUGUGGUACACGACGAUUCUGAAGGUGAUCUCCGUGUGUGUAUCGAGCAAAGGCGGUGGUGCGGCUUCAUCCCACAUCACCGCUCAAGACGGGUCUGCCCUUUCAGCAGUGAGAUGGCGAUCUCCCUGCUUAUCAGGCAUCUGUCGCUGGCGCUGCCCGAGGCGCCGCUGCUGGCAGUUUGCGCCGCAGCCAUCGACCUGAUCAAGGGGAUCCCAAAAGCCGCUGCGCAGGCGCCAGCCGACGUGCCACAAGCAGUGGCCUCGUGGUCGACCCUGGCACCUGGGCGCGGGGGCGCCGAAGGCUUGGCCUGGCGAGAGCAGCUGGUCAGCCGACGGCUAGUGACCUUGGUCACCCUGGAGCUCACACUGACGCAGUGCGAGGCAACGCUGAUCCCGGAAGGCUCGGCCAGCGCUUUGCAGUUAAAGGCGGAGGACUUUCUCUUCACCCUGGACCUCCUGAACUCGCUGGAUGCUUUCCGGCUGCGCUGCCUGGAUGAGCUCAGUCUGCGAGAUGCAGAGAUUGGAGGACGCGACUCCAAGCAAGUUUGCCUCCAGCGCCAGUUCGGCAUCACGCUCGGCAAGGUGGCAGCGACCUGGGGUGGCACACAAGAAGGCCCAGACCGCCGCGAGAGCCGGCUCCUGGCCUUGGGCCCAGCUGGCGCUGCUGGAGCUGCCGUGACCUUUCGGUGGAAGGACGUGCCGGCUCUAGGUGCUGCGGAUGGUAGCAGGCAGCCUGUGGAGGGCUGCCUCCACGCUGUGCAGCUGCUCCUCGAUGUCCACGCGCUCACAGCCCUGGUCGACACGGUCAAAAACAUCGUCCUGCCGUUUGCAGAGAUUCUGGAACCCCCGCCGUUUGCCACCAGCUGGUGUCGGGUGCGACUCCACGACCUGACCGUGGACCUGCCCGCCAUGGAGGGCUUUCCCUUUCCCCUGAAGCUGAAGAUGCCAUCGCUGCUGCUCACAAGCCUCCCCGGCUUGGGGGAGCUCUUUACCGCCCUGGAGAGUCUACCCUCCAGGCAUACUUGGAUGGGCCGCCGCCACCCUGGGAGAGGAGAGCGAGGAGAUGGCUCCCAGGUGCAGCUCGGCGAUGCCGCCUCUGCACAUGCUGGCGAUUCAGAACCUUGCGCUUGCGGCCGAGACUUCGGCUCCGUGCGUUUCGGGCCGGGCCUGGCGCCGGUGCGGGGCGCGCAGCGCCCGGGAGCUUGGGCUGCCAGGCAGUCGCAGAAUGCAGACUAUGUGCCGGUGGACAAUGACGAGCUUGUGGAGAUGUUCCGCGCGCACUUGUCUGCCCGCUCGCUGGAGAGUGUCUUGGCUGUUGCGCGCCAAAGCCUGGCGCAGGAGGAGGGUGCAGGACAAAGAAUAGAUUCGGCGAUGAUCACACUGAGUUCCCAGUCACCCACGUCUCCAAGAAAAAAGACGAGCCGUCGAGGAUGGUUGUCAGGUCUCAAGCAUUCCUUCAAGGAUGCGCACAAGGGAAGCUCAAGCAAAUCGGGAGGGUCUGGACGACAGAGCUCCUCUCGGGAUGAAGCCCGCCUGGUGGAGGCAGCAUCGCAACUGGCCUCUCUGCAGGAGGCCGUUCGGCGGCUACAGUGCCAGCGCGAGGAGGCAGCGCUGCGCAAGGAAGCACUGCAGCGUGCAGCCGAGGAGGAGCUGCAGCGCAUGGAGGCGGACGUUUCUGCCACGGAGGAGGAGCUCACAAUGCAGAUUGCUUUGGAGAGGGGCAAGCAGGCAGAGCUGUCAGCGAAGGCGGAGGAGCAGCGGCAGCUGUUGACGCAGCUGCUUCGUGAUGCGCAGGCCAAAGCCGUACGGGGCGUUUAG